AUGUUCACCAAAACAGCCAUAGCUCUCUCCCUUGUGGCGAUCGCUGCGGCAGGUGUAGUACAGCUGGGGCAUGGAUAUGGAGGAGACUCCUAUGGCCACGAAUCCGCUGGUUAUGCCCCAGUUGCCCAGCUAGCGUACGAGGGCCACGCUGAUCAACACGUUGAUUAUCACGCUCAUCCCAAAUACGACUACUCCUACUCGGUUUCGGACCCUCACACCGGUGACCACAAGACCCAGCACGAAGCUCGCGAUGGUGACGUUGUGAAGGGAGAAUACUCGCUGCUCCAGCCCGACGGCUCUUUCCGCAAAGUUACCUAUACUGCUGACGACCACUCAGGUUUCAACGCAAUCGUGCACAACACCGCGCCCGCUCACCAAGAGUACCACCAC